AGCUAGGUGCGAUCCCAUACCAAAUGUCGGGAGUCCGGGGCUUUGUAGAAGAUGCGCAAGAGGCAGUGUCAGACUAUGGCUAUUACUGGUUGCCUCGCCUGCAAAAGAGCAAAUUACUCAUCGAGAUUUCUGCAUCGGAAUGCGCUCCGUUAAGGCUAUUGCAUAUUCAUGCACGCUCAUGGCACUGCGAAAUCUCGGGUUGGUCUUGCCAGCCAUAAAAAUUUCCCCGACCCCGUCAGAAAAGAUAUCUGACGGACCAGUAAAAGAUCCUAAUACCUGCACAUGCACAUGGGAUGCGGGAAACGUCAGAUGUUGUAAAAAUUAUUGGACAAUGACUUCAGCUGACGGGCAGGGACUCGUAAAGCUAUAGAAACCUCGCUCUUUCCUGCCAUCAAUAGUAAUGUCGCUGUC